UUUUUGAGAUAACUCCACAGCGUGCAAGAUGGCGGCCUCCAGUGAAUCACCACUUGGAGUUUUUCGAAGAAGUAUAUCGAGUAUUUUGGAUGGGUGGACAGUUCUUCAGCUUGCAGUGAGCCACGGGUACGGUGGAGUCCACAGCAGGGAGAAGGCACUGUGGAUGGUGGAUGUGGUGUACAACUGGUUCCAAGAAAAUGAGGGCAUUGAACCAGAGGAGUUGCAAGACUUCAUUGCCGAAAUCCUGGACAAUGAAUUUGACACCAGGGCAGAGGAUGGCAGUCUGAUUGUGAUUUCUCGAGUCAUCUGCAGCAAUUUUGACCUCUGCCAUUCGGGACGGCAUGCUACAGUAGUCCAGAGAAUCCAAGAGAUGCCCAAGGCUAGCCUGGGGUUCUGCCAGGCAGCAGCCAGCCAAGACCCAGAGGAUAUGGAGGAUGGUGAGGUUCCACCAACUCUGCACGAAAUGAUGGGCAACAUGGAUGUGGGUACCAGUGGUAGUAGGGAACCAACGGUGAAUGGAUAUCAAGAACCCAGUGAAGAGCAACCCAGCAGGACUGGUGAGAUUACAAAAACUCAGCCAGCAGAGGAUGAGGAGGAUGGAUGGACAGUGGUCAGAAAAAAUAAGAAAAAAUGACAUGAACUGCAAGAUUUUUGCUAAAAUCAAAACAAUGAACAUCAACUUGCAUUUCAUGAGCCAUCAGUACUACUCAUUUGAUUUGUACAUGCAAGCAGUGUUGACAUCAAGGCAGAACUGGCUGAGCAGUGAUGCUCACUUGAUCUGUGGCUGAACGUCCAUCAUCCGAAAAGAAAUGGCAAGCGUUCAUGCUGUGGAGCUGUUUCUGCCACAGAUUCAGGGCAUUAUUGAUGGCACACAGGGUAUCUUGGUCAUGCAUACCCCUGGACUCCAUGCAGGAACAGUCGAUGAAACUGAGUCAGUCACAAGAGAGAGUGAAGUAGGACCCAUCAUACUACGUGCACAUUGGCUAGCAUUCGUAUCAUGCCUAGUAUGCACAACCAGUUUUCGUCUGAAUGUGCACAAAUGGAUCAUUUUUUUCAAAACCAUACCUAGGGCUAAUUUUGUAUAACUCCUAUGCCCGGAGAUUCGCUGAGCUUAUUUAUCCAAAAAGAGGGUUACCAGCCAAAGAUUCAUGUGAAAUGCAAACAAUUUCUAACUGGCUCCCAACUGUUUUUAGCUUAACACAUCAGUGUGCUAACCAUCAAUUCUGUUUAGCAGUUCAACCAAGUUGGAGGUAGCUCUCAUCAUUAAUUUUCGCUUUGUUUUUUGUUUACUGUUUGAAGGGAAUUUUAUACAUAUUGUCGAUAAUAAUUUAUUGGUAGAGAACAUUCUACAUUGUUCACAGAGAAAAACAGAAUAACAGGUCCCUAGCCAUUUCUGAUUUCGAUGACGUUGAGCCUUUGCUCCUGUUUGUUAAAUGCAGUGCUCGCUAACACACACUGGCACACAGAUGUAGGGCCAUUUUUCAUGCUCUGUUCAUCAUGGGCUCAUUCAGACGUUACAUUUAAAAUGAUGAAACUUUCUGUUGCCCGGCACACUGCUCUUACCAAUCAGGGUAAUUGAUACAUUUAUAGUACCCCCACUUCUUCUAAAGAUUUUAUCCAGUCUUUGUUGCUUGGUUACACAUACUGCGCAAACAUGCUGUGUACCAUUUACUUUAACUGUAAAACCUGCUUUGAGUGUCUUUGUUAGUUCCAAGCAAUGUAAGCUGUUGCCUCACCAGUUUGAGGCACUUUAUUAUGACAGAAAUGUUAUAAUUUAACUUUUAAGUGUGGUGACUUAUUAAAAUUGUUUUCCUUAUA